UCAUGACAUUAAUAUAUUUAUUUAUUUUCACGGCAGAGUGCACUACGUACAGUUUGUUUUCAAUACAGCUGAUAUUAAUGGCUUGUGAAUAAUUCAGUAAAAGUUCACACACUGAACAAUCCAUAUUUUGAAGUUUUGUAAAUAAGCGUCAUUGUUGAUUUUGCACGUUUCUUAGUUACUAAUUAUUAAGAGAUUUUUAUUCUAGAAAAUUCAUUAAACAUUUAGAAAGGUAUUAUAUUUAAUUCUAAAUACAAUGUCGUCACAAGAAAACGCAUAUGAUGGUAUCUUAUUGGCCAUCGCUGAAAAGCAUGAUGGGUUGCCGCAGUUUUUGGGAACUCUUGCCAGCUUUUUGCGCCGGAAAUCAGACUUUUUUGUAAACGCAAAGCAGAGCGAAUGGGAGAAGAUGUUACUGGACACAUUUCGAAAAGAGUCUGAAAUUGCCAAUGAGGCACAUAAAGAGGUUUUAAUGCAGCGAGAGGAGAAGGACCGUUUGAAAAAGGAAAAAGAAUUGAAAGAACGCACCGCACGGAAGAAAGAAAUUGAAACCAAUAAAAUUUGUGAUAUUACUGAUAAGGAAGCAGCUGAUAUUAUUAGGGAGGAGGAAGAGAAAAAACGUGAAAAGCUAUUAGAAGCAGCAUCUGAGAACGGUAAUCCAAUAGUGGUAAAUGAAAAUAUAUCAAAACCUAUUGAAAAAGUAGAUGAUGAAAAUGAAAAAAGUGAAGUUGGUAAAUUAAUGCCAAAUUCUGGAAAUGGUUGCACUCUUGAAAAAUAUGCUUGGACACAAACAUUACAAGAAGUUGAGCUAAAAAUACCUUUUGAUGUACCCUUCGCUUUAAGGGCUCGUGAUCUAACAGUUUUAAUUUGUAAGAAAACACUUAAGGUUGGCAUCAAAGGUCAAGAGCCUAUCAUUGACGGUGAACUCUGUGCCGAAGUGAAACAAGAGGAAUCUGUUUGGGUGCUACAAGAUAGUAAAACUAUCUUAAUUACACUCGAGAAGGUCAACAAGAUGAAUUGGUGGGAUCGUUUAGUUACUACAGAUCCUCAAAUUUCAACUCGUAAAAUAAAUCCGGAACCGUCCAAAUUAUCUGAUUUGGAUGGUGAAACACGUGGCAUGGUUGAAAAAAUGAUGUAUGAUCAACGUCAAAAAGAGAUGGGUUUGCCCACCAGUGAAGACCAGAAAAAGUUGGAUAUUCUUGAGAAGUUCAAAGCCCAACAUCCAGAAAUGGAUUUCUCCAAUUGCAAGUUCAGUUAAAUUUUCUAACUCAAUCAAAAAUGUAAUACAAUAAGUGAUUCAAUUCAAUUUCCAUAACCUUUAUUUAAUAAAAUAUAUAUUCAAAUUUACUAUUCUAAGGGUAUAAUUAACAAAAACUGAAAUUUAUAUUCGGAAACUGAGUUUUAUAAAACAAAAUUUAUAUUGAAAUAGAUGUAUUUAAUAAUAAUAAUAAAAUUUUGAAUUUAAUAAUUUAAAAAUAAAAACAUUUGAAAU